GAGCAGAGCUCAGCGCCCUGUCUCCCUCCCUCCCUCCAUUCCUCCUCCUCCGCUCUCUCUCUGCAGGCCUGCACUGUGAGGAGACUGUGACCCGGGGACGGAGAGCUCCUUUCUUCUCUCUCAUCGCUCCACCCCUUAUUUACCGGUCGGUUGUUCCUGGGCCGUCCCGUCCCGUCCCGUCGUCUCGCCUGGGUUCUCGCUUGCUUCUCACCAUCACUACCACCGUCCACACCAUCGCGAGGGCCUGGAGGGAAGAGGAUGGGACAGGGAGGAGAAGUGAAGGCGGCGCCGGCCGUGAGGGUGCUGGUGGUGGACGACUCCCCCGUCGACCGCAAGGUCGUGGAGCUGCUGCUCCGGAACCACAACCACCAGGGCGGCGCCGCGCCAUUCCACGUUACCGCCGUCGACAGCGGCAAGAAGGCAAUGGAGCAUCUCCGGCUGAUGGAGCAAGGCGGCCAGCUGGAUUCAUGUGCCGCUGAUGCUAAUCGGAUAACCAUUGACAUCGUGCUCACGGACUACUGCAUGCCGGAGAUGACUGGCUACGACCUGCUCAAGGCCAUCAAGGCGCUGAGCUCCCCUAACCCGAUCCCGGUGGUGGUGAUGUCGUCGGAGAACGAGCCCCAGAGGAUCAGCAGAUGCCUAACCGCCGGUGCCGAGGAUUUCAUCCUCAAGCCACUCAAGACCAAGGACGUGCAGCGCCUGCGCAACUGCUCCAGCGCCGCUAGACCCAGGGACGACGCGGCCCACCAGUGCGAGAGCUUGAGGAGGAGCAGCAGAAAGCUGCGGUCGGAUCAGGUCGCCGCGCCUGGCCACAGAUCGCAACCGACGACGGGAUUAACCAUGGUGCUGCAUGCCUCCAGCAUUGAGCUCUCGCACUACUUCCAGUUCCUCCUCAAGUUCGUGCUGCUCGCGUACGCGGUGCUGUGCCUGACCGAGCUCCUCCACAGAUGGUCCAAUGGCUCCGUCCUCUCCCUGUGGUCUGCAUGAGGUCGACUGGAACCGCGAUGCGGUAUUAUUAGUGUAACCACUAAGGCUCCAGGCUUUCAGUUCAAUUCCCCCCUGUAAUCCAGUCCUGGCAUGAGGAGCCACCAGUUCUUGCUCGCCGCUCCCUAUAUUUCCAUUUCACUUUUCACCAGCUUUUUUGUGGUUAUUAUUAUUUAUUUUUUUGGCUAGAUUAUUGUUCU